AUGCCUUCGACCUUGUUUGCGCCUUUGGCAGAGGAGUUUUCGAAACCCGCCGUCACCACAGGCGAAGCAUUCCCCGUCAUGAAGCUGCCGGUUGAGAUACGGUUGAUGAUAUGGGAGUAUGCCCUGCCGAAUUCGCGCGUGUACGAAGUAAUGGACUCGCCGAAUGCAAGUCAGAAGACGCCUGCGGCAGCCGGACUCACGUUCGCCAACGUCCGACACGAGCCUCCGCCAGCCCUGGGCGCGGUGUGCCAUGAGACGAGGGUGUUUGUGCUACAGCGCUACAGACCUCUCACCCUGUCGACCACCACCAAAUACCUCGACCUGUCGCGCGACAUCCUGCUGCUCGAGCCGUACUUGCUGGUGAAGCGUCUGCUUCGGGCACUGCAAUUCUUCGGCCAGAUCCCUCUUGUCCGGGAUAACCUCAGCCGACUUGCUUUCGGCACGUCGUACGGGCUGUACACCGGCAUCUGCCACCCCGUCCUGAGUUGGAAAGUCUCCAAAUCAAACAUAUCGACCUUGAUGGCCCGCCUAUCCAAGUUCCCACGACUGAGAAAGCUCCUCUUCGUCGUCCAUCAGGAAUUUCAGUUCGACUUUGACGUCCGACCACCACAACCCAUGCAUCAGAUGAGCCAACCAGAGGCAUCGCGGCCACAGUUGGUGCACCAGGGAUAUCGCUUCAAGUUCGACAUCGAGUCUCAUCUCAACUACACUCAGCCUCGACACCCGCAUACCAACGAGUUCAUGUACUAUCCGCUGCACGUCGACGAGGACAAGGACGAGUGCUUCGACAAGGAUGAACUGGAGAGCGAGGACGAGACUUGGCCGACCAACGACGCUUGGAGACGCUUCAGGAGGAGAUUCCAAAGAUGCAUUCAUCUUGUCAUGAAGGAUUCGCCGGACGCUCCGCGACCAAAGGUCAUGCCUACGUUGGAGGGGGCAAGUCUGCUCUGGCGGUAUGGCAAGGCGCAGCGGCAUUGA